UCUGGAGGGGCUGUAAGUCCAAAUGUAAUGGAUAUCUGCUAUUUUACUGGGAGAGAUGGACACUCGUGCUCUGAGUGCCCCAGCGAGCACUCGGACACCUGCGGGCUCAGGCCGGGCUCUGGUGGGACACCGGCUCCCCGGGGAGGCAGCGCCGGGUGCUGGAGAGGGUUUAUGUAAUUGGCUCUUACAUAAUGGUGUUCAGCACAUCGCUUUAAUUAGCACCGCUACCGGGGGUGUCUGGGGCAGCAGCCCCUGCACCCUGCAGGAGGACCCCGAGGCUGUCAGCUCUGCAGUCACGGGCAGGGAAUGGGGACUGAGCAGGGCUACCUGACCUUGGGAACCACGUGUGGGAAUGGUAUUGGCAACUCUGCUGCCAGGAGAAAACUGCUCUGCCUCACUCUGUCAGCCAGCUGGUGGGAACAGGGGAGGUUUGUUUAAAAUGCUGUUUCAAUCGGCUUUUUGAUCAGGAAUAUGAAAGUCGUCAUUGUUGCAAUCUUGUACGGUUCACAGGGGCAGGAAGAGGAAGAAGGAAAAACAGGACAGGGAAUGGCCUGGAGAAGGUUGGAAAACAUGAGGACUUCUUCUGUUGGUGGUUUUUGGGUUUAGCUGUUGCUGGACUUGGCAGUGUCAGCUGCCUUCCUAUUAUUUUGGCUGUGCUCUCUGCAGUACAACAAAAGGCAUAGGUUGUGUUGGAGGUGCCAGUGGCCCAGGAGACUGCAGGCAGAGCUUCAGCAGGGAACUAGUGUUGCCUUUUCCAUCUGCUCUCCUGACAUCAGCAGUAACAUUUGUGUCUUUGCCUGUCCUCAGAGGGUCCCCAGAAUUACAGCAGUGGGGUCUGCUGGAAUGGUUGUCCACUCUUUUCUGUGUUAAGCAUGGGUAGCACACUUCAGAAAUGUUUUGUGACACGUUUUGGUUUUCCAAAUGGGAUUUCAGUAGUCCUUGGUUUGUAUCAGUAGGCCUUCUGUUCAGAAUAGCUCAAAUUCAAUUUUAGCUCCUGCUGAUUUCUUGGAAAGGUUUUCAUGUGUCUGAUCUGGCUGGUUUCUUGUUAUUCCUUGUGAGGUGCUCUGCUAAAAAAGCAAUACUGCAGUAGCAUGUGGGGUCUUUGUUUUGACACCCAGAGCACGUGGGAGGCCACCUGAAAGUCACUGAGAGCUCACAGAAAUCUGUUGUUCUGGCUGGCUGCUGGUGGGAUCUUUUGGGAGUAAUUGUGCUUGCAGUGCUACCAUACAGUGAAUUUUUGAAAUCCAUGGGGCAAAAUUCUGUUGUGAGUAAGCAUCUGGUUGUGCUUAGCACUAUCCCACAGCCUGAAUACCUUAUUGAAAGUAGGAGACAAUGCAUGGACCUCCCCCUGGCAGCAGCAGAACUUCAGCUGUUCAAAUGCCCUUGGUUUCAGUGCUGUUGGCAGCAGAGCUCCUCACAGCUGCUGCUUCCAACUGCACCCAGCUGAACAAGCCAAAUUGUGAACUGUAAAAGUUGUCAAUGUAACUGUUAUAACUUUCACUGCAUCAAAGUGCACAGUGCCAUGGUAAAUGCGUUGAUGAGCCUGCUGUGGAAUCUGCCUUCAGCUGAGUUAAAGGUCCUGCCAGCUGAAGGUUGGGUAAGACCUUGAGGGUAAAAAAAGAAGAACAGCUGAGCUUAUAAGCUGUAGCAGAAUUGGAAAGGUGGACUGGUCUGUUCUAGUCGUGAGGAUCAUGGUAGUUCAUAUAAAUCAUUAACUGGCCACAUCCUUCAGUCUCUCCAUAGGGUUUAAGUCCUGAUCUUCUCUUGGGUUUGAUGCUUACAGUCUAUUAAUAGAGUUGUACUCUAGCAGGCUUCUUUGAGAGUGGUGCAUUAAUUGUCAGUUAAGUUCCCAUUUUCCAGCUUGUUGGAUCUGUUUGCUCUGUGUCAUGUUAGAUGAGGCUUUUCACUGUGCACUUUCCAUAACAUUUCUUGUAAUGCUGCCAGUUCUUCUGAGCCUUGCCACAAGGAGGAAAAACCUGGAAAGUAAAAAUUAUCUUUUCUGGCUGUAAGGACGUUCUGUGUUACUGGAGGCAGGUGCUCUAUUUCUGGAGUGACUUAUGAUGUCAAGAACUGUCUCAUCCUUGAUCUUAAGCUCAGCAAGGAACAGCAUCGUUUGCCAAGGGAAAGGACGUUGGUACUCCCUCUGUAUCCCAAACAGGAACAAGAUAAAAUGGAAGCUCGUUGUCUCCAGAACACCCCUCCUCCCUGCUGGGGGCUGCAGCGUGGACAGCCCUCUCCCCUUCCAGAGAGCAUUCCGACACACUUCCACCGAGGAGGAACACUUCUCUUUCCAGCUGUCUCCAUCGCAGAUCAACGACAUCCUCCGAGCGGGUGAACUGUCCCAUAAAACGCUGGAUCUGAGCGGCAAAGGCGCCAGUUCGGUGCUGCGCUUCGAGAGCAACCAGCUGGCGUCCAACAGCCCGAUGGAGGACCGGCGCAGCGCGGCCACCUGCCUGCAGACGGCGGGGAUGCUCUUCGGGGUGUUCGACGGCCACGCGGGCUCCGCCUGCGCGCAGGCCGUGAGCGAGAGGCUGCUGCACUACAUCGCCGUGUCCCUCAUGCCCCGCCGGAGCCUGGAGGAGAUCGAGCUGGCCGUGGAGUCCAUGAAGCCGGUGCGGCCCAUCCUGCAGCGGCACAGGCACCCCAAUGACGUGGAGUACCGAGAGAUCACCUCCUGGUACUUCGAAAACCUGCGGGUGUACUGGCAGCACCUGCUGGACCUGGACACCGAGCCAGGCUUUAGUUUAGAAGAAGCCAUGGUGUGUGCGUUCAAAAGGUUAGACUCAGACAUAUCCCUGGAAGUUCAGGCUCCUCAGGAAAAUGAACUGAUGAGAAAUAUCGCCCUCCAAGUAGCCUUUUCUGGUGCAACAGCCUGUGUGGCUCACGUUGACGGAGUGCACCUACAUGUUGCAAAUACCGGUGAUUGCAGAGCGGUUUUAGGGGUUCACGAAGAAGAUGGAACGUGGUCUACUCUCCCUCUAACCCGAGACCACAAUGCCUGUGAUGAAUUUGAAAUCAGAAGAUUGAAGAGAGAACAUCCUAGAUCUGAGGAGAAAACCCUCUUUGUGAAUGACAGAUUACUGGGCAUCCUCAUGCCCUCCAGAGCCUUUGGAGAUGUGCAAUUAAAAUGGAGUAAAGAAUUGCAGCACAGUGUCCUUGAGAACAGCUGUGAUGUCGAGGCUUUGAACAUUUAUCAGUACGUUCCUCCAAACUACCACACCCCCCCUUAUUUAACUGCAGAGCCUGAAGUCACAUACCACAAACUGAGGAGCAAGGAUAAGUUUCUAGUUAUUGCUUCGGACGGGCUGUGGGAGAUGCUGAGCAAUGAGAAGGUUGUCAAACUCGUUGCUGGGCACCUCACAGAGCUGAAUGUGCAGAAACCACAACUGACUUUUAAGAAGCCGGUUAAUUUGGGUUAUAUGCACAACCUGCUGCUGCAGAGGAAGAGCAGAGGCCUGGCCUCCCUGGACCGCAACAUCGCCACCCACCUGAUCCGACACGCCAUCGGCAGCAACGAGUACGGCGAGGUGGACCCCGAGAAGCUCGCGGCCAUGCUCACCCUGCCCGAGGACCUGGCCAGGAUGUACCGGGACGACAUCACCGUCACCGUGGUGUACUUCAACUCAGACACCAUUGAGAGUCACUACAGGAGCAGGGAGUGACCUUGCACUGCUGCUCUCUGGUACCACUGGCAGACUUUGAUACUGGAACCAUUCCUCCUCUUCUCUCACGGUCGAGCUGUUACCGCUGUUAUAAUCUGCAGGUUUCUAGAUUUUUUUGUUACUUACUACUUUUGAAAACAACUUUGGUGAAAGUUCCCUGGUUCCCAGGUCUCUGUACUCUGAAGGAAAAUGAUUUCAUAAAACUUUGCUGAGAUGUAACUGAACUAAAGAUUGCUGACCCAGUUCUGAUUCCACGAGAGCCUCUGGUAAAACUUGUCAGAUGAACAAAGGAGACCAAUUCCACUGAGCCUGCUGCAGUUUACCAGAGCUGGAUAAUAGGUGUGGAUGCUGCAUGGAGUGGCAGAAAGGCUCUGCUCUUGUGGCAAACAAGCAGCAUCCUACUGAAGCACUGUAACUGAAUUAAAUAAAUUAACUACCAAAACUUG